UGGCCGCUUAUUACUUGUUCAGAAUGUUAGAUAUUUGAUAAUUUUUCGAUUUUUUCACCAAUACAAAUAGUUAACAUUGCACAGUGCACCUUUCUUUUCAAUCGUCAAAGUGUUAUUUAUUAGUUUUCUAACCAGUUUAAGACUUAUAAGGUAUACUUUGUUUUCGAAACAUCUAGAAGUUUUGGUAUGUUCUUUGACAAGCGACCAUAUUCAGCUGAUUUCUUUUUGCUUGUGCAAAUAAACUUAACAAACCCUGUGUAAACAUGUAACAAAGUGUGUUGUUGAAUGAUUUGCAACCGAUACCAGUUUGAUUAGAAAAAGAAAACGAACCAUGGGGGCUAAAUUGGGUACAGCAAAUGGAGGCUCUCAGAGCCCUAGAACUAGAGCUUUCUCAACCAGCAGCAGUACUGAAGUGGUAACUCCGCCAGGGUUUAGAUUUAUGAGAUCUUUAGUGAUGGAAAAUGACAGACAAAGAGCCCGAUCACUGUCAAGCGUUCCAGACCUACAUGGAACUUCAGGUACUGAUUCACAUCACACGGAGAAUGGGGGAACUAAUUUAGGAGAAGGAUCAAUGGCAGGGAGUCCUGGGGCUGAUACGGAUAGCAGUGCCGGUGAAGAAGGGGCACAGGGAGGCUUCAUAGGUCAUGCUGCGGCAGCUGCAUUGACUAGGGUAUAUGCCACCCAUUCCCUACCAGGCCAUAUAUGGAGCCUUAACGGAAUAAAAUGUCCGGUAUGCAGCAAAUUUGUCGUUCCAGAUGAUAUCGAAUGUCACCUUGUCAUGUGCCUCACCAAACCACGCCUUUCCUACAACGAAGACGUUUUGACAGAUGAUAAGGGCGAGUGCGUCAUCUGUCUGGAAGAGCUUAACCAAGGUGACGUCAUAGCCAGGUUGCCGUGUCUCUGUAUAUAUCAUAAAACAUGUAUAGAUCAAUGGUUCGAAGUGAACAGGUCGUGUCCCGAACAUCCAGGCGACUAGCAAUAAACCUGGCCGCUGUCCAGUUUGAUAUUCAUUUCUAAUUGUUCGUUUAAUUUCUGAAGUUUUUGUACAUACUGUGUAUAUUAGUAGAUAAUAUGGACUAAUAACCUAAAUGGAAUAGACUGAACAUGUAUAUUAUGCGAGAGGGAGAGACGACAUUUUUUCUAAAAACAAACCCAGCUGCCCUUACCUCGAAGAAGAAGGUGCGACAGCUUGGAAAUCCGUGUUGUAUUAGAUACAGUACAGCAUAUCAGUGAAAAAUACGGACUCUUUGAUGCGAUCAUUAAUCUACUGGGUGUUCCUUAGCUUUUUUACCAGUGUUUUUUCGGAGAGGAUGGAUUUUAAGGCAGCAAAUGCGCGGUGGAAGUUUUAUUGUAGUUUCUAAGGCUGAACGCACACAGAAAUACCAAAACUGUCUUGGUCAAAUACUUUUUUGUCUCGGGGUAUAAAACAAACUCGAGAACAUACUGCUGGCGGUAUGGACAAAGAAAACAGGCGGUUUUACUACAUUUAUUAAAAUGAAUACCAUGAGCCAUGACCAAUUUUUCAAGUACGGCGGUUGUUGCUGAUUAUAUAAAUACCGGCGGUAUAAUUUUA